AUGGGGUGCGGGCAGUCAAAGAUCGAUCAGGAGGAGGCGGUGUGUCGGUGCCGGGAGCGGAAGCGGCUGAUGGCCGACGCCGUGGUCUCGCGGAACGGUUUUGCCGCCGCCCACACUGGCUACACCGUCCGCCUCAAGAGCACCGGCGGCGCGCUAUCCGAUUUCGCCCAAGGCGAGGCGCCCAACCCUAGCCUGGUGUCCUCCCAUACCCACCACGCUCCCGCUGCGGCGGCGGCAUCUGUCUCGACUCCGCCAGGCCCUUCCGCAGCUUCCGUCAGCAGCCCCUCCCCGCCGCCGCCGCCGCCAUUCGCCGACUUCUCUCAUUCUAGCCUCCAAAGGCUGAACCAGACCCCACCAAUGCCUGCCACCGCAAUGCUACCGCCCCCAGUGCUGGAGUCACAGAUGGCUACCUGGGAUUACUUCUUUGGCCCAACUCCCACCCCACCACCCACCCUAGAGCAGCCUGCUGAUGAUACUUUGUGGAUGGAAAGGCAUGAUAAUGAGCCAGUGGCUGAGGUGAAGGCACCUGUGGCAAAACCAGUUGUUAGUGAGCCAGCUGCUACUGAGGAAAGGCCACCACAGACGGACGCAGAGAAGGAGAAAGCAAUUGAGGAGAUGGUGGCUAAUCUACCGCCAUCGAAACCUAUUGUGAGGAAACCACCCAAAGCACCUGGCCCACCACCAGCAGCACACUACCAGCAUGCCUCUUCGAUGGGUGCAGUUGAAACUCGGAAGGGGAAGAACUUACCUGACCAUGAGGACCUGAACGAUAAUUUUGAUACUGAUGAUAGAUUUGAAACUCAUGCUGCAGUUCUAGAUAGAAUGCUUGCUUGGGAGAAAAAACUGUAUGACGAAGUGAAGGCUGGGGAGCUUAUGAAAAUCGAUUAUCAAAAGAAGGUGUCCCUAUUGCAGAAGCAAAAGAAACGGGGUGUUAAACUUGAAACCCUGGAGAAGACAAAAGCUGCUGUUAGCUACUUGCACACAAGGUACAUCGUAGACAUGCAAUCCAUGGAUUCAACAGUUUCAGAAAUAAAUCGGCUUCUGGAUAGACAGUUAUUCCCAAAGUUAGUGGACCUUGUUGAUGGAAUGGCCAAGAUGUGGAGUUCUAUGCACCGUCAUCAUCAAAGUCAGUUUCUGAUCAUUUCUGGAAUAAGAGGAUUUGAGAUUCCUCCUGUUCCAAGAGAGACAACUGAUUCUCAUUACAUCCAGACUUGUGAGCUACGUGACAUUGUUAGGGAGUGGCAUACGCAGUUUGAGAAACUGAUGGACAAUCAGAAAGCAUACAUCAGAGCGCUCAAUGCAUGGCUGAAGCUCAAUCUCAUCCCAAUUGAGAGCAACAUAAAGGAGAAGGUCUCCUCCCCUCCAAGGCUGGUGGAUCCACCCAUCAAGCACCUGCUGCACGCCUGGCAUGACGAGCUCGAAAGGCUUCCAAUUGAGCUUGCAAAAACAGCCAUUAAAACCUUUGCCGAAGUCAUAAGCAAUAUCGUGCACCUUCAGGAGGAGGAAGUAAACCUAAGGAGGAGGUGUGAUGAAACUCGUAGGGAUCUGACCCGAAAGAGGGCACAGUUUGAAGAUUGGCAUCAAAACUACUUGGAGAGACGGGCAGCAUUUGGUGAGGAUACAAACCCAGAUGCAGCAGAAACUAAAAACAUAGAUCCUGUCGAGGAUAGGAAACGCAACAUCGAGGAAUUAGAGGUUCGGCUGAGAGAGGAGGAGGGGCACCAUCUUAGGCAUGCCAGGCAGGUGCGGGAGAAAUCACUUGCAAACCUCCGGACACACCUGCCAGAACUUUUCAGGAACAUGGCCGAUUUUGCUUACUUUUGCCAUGACAUGUACAAUAAUCUUAGAAAAACUGCUGUGCUGCCCAAAGAUUAA